CAGAAAUUCGUUUCUUAAAUUAAUGAGUCAACUGUUUACUAUGACAGAAGAGGACUCGCCGUCGCUGUCGUCAACUGACUACGACCAGCUAACAGGAAAAGAGGAGAAACUGCAGGACACAGUUUUUGGGAAGGCCAAGAGGCUGGCAGUUCUAGACAAAACAGAAUGGGCUUUCCUCGUGCUGUCUACUGUCAGCAUUCUAGCAGUCGGUACCAUGACUAUCUACAAGAUUGUAGAAGCUGCCCGCGACAUCCCGUCGUCCGAAAGUGAAGAAGACAGACUUCGGGAUUUGUUCUUUGCUAUAACUUUGUUUGUCAAUCUUGGAUUUCUUAUGUUCUAUGCUUGGCAUGGAGUCAUCAGAGAAAGGGAAUUUGAACUGUGGGCAUUUAUUGCUGCAGUGAUCAUCAUAGGUGCCUACAUAUUCUGGAAUUUCUUCAUUACAAAAAAGACAAUCAUAAAAAUUGUAAGACUAUCUGUGUUUGGUGUGGGAGCUAUUCCUAUCGUCAUUCUUGCAUAUGUGGUAUCAAAAGAGUUUCGUUGGCUGGAGUUCCGAAUUGUUGGAGCCGACCCAAUUCUCCAGAAAAUGUUUCGAUCAUACAGUCGAUGUACCACACUCAUCCUGUUUGACUUACAAAUUGCUGCUAGUCUCCUCAUAUUUGUCUAUCAUCCACUGCUAAAUGCACUUUUGGCUGAAAAAAUUCUCUUACCUAUCCUUGUGCUUCUGACUCUCAUCAUGGCAAUCGAUGUCUUCAUUGGGAUAGUCACUGAAACAAGAUGGAUGAUUUGGGCGUGGGGAAUCUUCGCUCUUCUUGAGCCAAUUUACAUAGCCUUGAAGUGUGUUCAUCUGGGCUUCGAAUGGAACUCAGGCAUUGAUCAUAUGUUGGCUGGUGUUGUCUACGCCAUCGCUGCAGUAGCAAUCAUAGUUCGAGGAGCUCUGGCCUACUACGUUGAUCGCUGCUACCAGAAUUUUACGUAUGGACUAAAAGACCGAGCGUUUCCCACGUGACGUCCAGUUGGCGCCACCUAAGAAGCUUCCUACUCUAGACUCUAGACACAGCUGAAAUUUUGAAUUCUGUUAGCGGUUACAUGCUUACUGUUUAUAGGAAUAGUUGCGCGUCUGCUUGUAGUAAAUUGUGUUUUUUCAUUACAAACAGCCCAGCAUGCUCGUGCCUCGGAA